AUGGACCCGACGCAAGGCUUCGUCACGGAGUUUGCGGGGUUCGUGGACGACCUCACCACCCCGGAGAAACGUAACAUCGUGGCUCUCACGGAGAUCGCGCGAGAGGCGAUGCACAACCAGCCCCAGGCUGUGCCAGGCUUGGCGCAAGUCAUCAUCAACAGGGUGCUCCAUGCCGACCAACCCCUCAAGCUGCCUGCCCUGUACCUCUUGGAUUCCAUCUCCAAGCUUGUGGGUGAGCCCUACAAGACGUACUUCAGCGCAGCCCUCCCAGAGGUGUUCGCCGUGGCCUGGCGGGGGGGCGAGACGGCGCGCCCCGCGCUGCAGAAGCUGCUGGGAACCUGGCGGGGGGUGUUCCCCGACCACGUGCUGGCGAUGGCGCAGGCAGAAAUGCAGUACCAGGACCAUAUGCAGUACCACGGACCGCAGGGCGCGCAGACCGCGCCGCACUACCCGGCCUGGGCGGCUCCGCAGCAGUACCAGGGCGCACACGGCGCGGCCCAGUACGCCGCGCCGCUGCCGGCGGCUGCGGCACCGCAGUACCCCCCCGUCACCCAGCCCCGGUACAGCCACCAGCCUGCGCCUGCGGCGCAGCACCAGCAUUAUGCCGCGCCCGCCCCCCUGGUCCCGAGGUACAAGACGCCGCCGCCGGGGAUGUGCCACCCGACGCCGCGGCCCGGCAGCGGUCCCACCGUCCCCCUCCCGGACCUCCUCUCCUCCCUGCUGGCAGCGGGGGUGCUGGGCGGAGCAAAGGCUGCAGGCGGCGACGCUUCGCACGCCGUGCAUCGCCUGCUCGCCCGCACGGCCGAGACCAAGUCUGCGUUCCUGGACGUGCAGUUCCUGCGCCGCGCGCGGCGCGGCGGCGGCGCCCUCCGUGCCUCCCGCCUCUGGUAUGUGGACCUGGACGUCUGGUUGGCCAGCGCCGCCGGGGCGGGGCAGGGGGCGGCGGCCGGGGAGGGCCAGCCGCCGCAGCGAGGCGACCGGCAGCCCGACGCCAGGGUGGCGUCGGCCGCGGCACAGCAGCGGCACAGCGUGCCCGUGGACGAGGAUCAGCCGGCGUGUGCGCUGUCGGGCGAGGCCUUCGAGCAGGUGUGGGACGAGGAGCACCAGGAGUGGCGGUACGAGGGGGCAGUACGGCUCACGGGCGACCAGGCGCUCAGGUAUGGCCUGUCUCCGGGAGCCAUCGUGCUCUUCAGUGCCCUGGGCGAGGACGGCCUGGACGGUCCCGCAGAGGCCCUCCCGGCAACGGCGGCGCCAGGCGCCGCGGCAAAGAAGGAGGACGGCGACGAGGGGCAGCUGCGAGCGAAGGAGGAGGGGCAGGGGAGCGGCACCAAGCGCGAGAAGCCGACGAGCACCGACUCGCCCCCGCCCGACAUCAAGAGGAUCAAGCUGGAGGGCUGA